AUGGAGUCUGCUUUCAUUCGCUUCUUUAAUGUGCAAGAACUGGUCGAUCACCUAACACUAUACCACCUCGACCGCGCCGGAGUUUCGAGACUCAUGCAAACAAGUCGACAAAUGAACGCAAUCUGCGCACCAACACUUUACUUCCACGUCAUCGCCUGCUUUGACGACAAUAAUAAGCUCUUUGGCUCUACCGAGUCGAUAAUGGCUUUAUCCAGGAAUGCUCACCAUGUUCGACAAUUGACUCUAGGUCGCCACGAUAUCAUCUACUACGCCAAUUGCGUGAUUGCGUUCCUGGACCAACUCGACACACUACAGAACACCACGACCACCGCCACAAUUGGACACUCACCGGCACUUUCUCGACCUACUUGGCUCGCACCACUGGAUACCCAAAUAUACACAGUAUUCCCCAUACCGCCGAUGACAAUGUUGACGAAACUAGACCUUAAACACGUCGCCACGCCGCGGGGCGAUGGGUACCAGAAGAGCUGCCAGGACUCCAUAGUGACCCUCACCCAAGCUUGCUGGAUUAUCAGCUUCAACCCUAACCUUUUGGAUCUCAAACUGACAUCGGUUCUUCUCAUGGACCGCAGGGGCGCUCGGCUCCUGAUGACAACGUUGCUCCGACUGCAGAGAUUGCGGGCGCUCUACCUCGGCUUUAUUCUGGGGAGUUUUACAUCGCCAGAGCUGAUGCUCAAAGUCGGGAUAUACUUCCUUUCCGCAUGUCCGUCGACUCUUCGGAAGUUGACUCUCAAGUCACAUAUGGAAGGCAAGGACGAUGACUACAUAGAAGACAUCUCGAUGGAGUAUGCCGAGUAUGAACCGGGGACGCUGCUGUCAUGGGGGAAGCUUUACGAAGAGUGCGUGUUGACGACGUCGACGAUGCCUCGGCGACAAGGCCCAUUUCUGGGAUUGAGAGACUUGCAUCUUGGCGAGGUGGAGCGGAUCUUUUCGAGAGAUAACUUUCAAUCGAUACUCCAACAGUGCCCAAAUCUCAUUGCCCUCGCGAUGCCUAAACGAUCCCGGAUCAGCGACGUGCAGCAGCUAGCGGGAGAGAUUGUUCAGUGGUGCCCGAGAUUGAGUGACCUAUCCAACGGAUCCAACGGAUUCAAGUGGGGAAGUGAUAAUGUUCGGGAGCUGAUGGAUUGGAUCGUCGGAGCGCUACCUCCGCAACAGCUCACAAGGUUCAUUUCGAACGGGGAACGGGCUGAUAUUCAAGGCUUGGACAAUCCAGGAUCCAUGUUCCGGCGACACUCGACUACCUUGCGGGAGAUCUCGCUGAAUGGCUACAAGAACAUCGACAUCAAGGUGGUUCAAACGAUUUUGGUCGGGUGUGAGGCUCUGGAAUCUUUUAGAGUUCAUUUCCCGACGUACGGCGAUACUCACCGGCACUGUCUCCACCUGGAUGACGCUAUCGAGAUCCCCUGGGCCUGUAUCAAGCUACAAGAGCUUCAACUGACGAUUGCCAUUCCGGAGCGGCCAUUCUUUUCCCCUGCAGACGGCACAAUCCCCUAUUACUAUCGACCACCACCAACCACACUUUCGGCAGAGGAGAUACAGCAGUUCAGGGAACUGGAAUCCUUUUACCGACAACUUGGCAAACUCACACAACUGCGACGGUUGGACCUCCAAGCCCUCUAUUUUGACCCGAUAACCAUGCGUGAUUCAUCAUGGGACUUUCGAGACAUGUCUUUCCCGGGAAUGUUGAGUCUCGGGAGCAAGAAGAGGGGACGGCCAGGGUACUUGCGGCUGCUGGGAGGACUGACAAAGUUGAAGACGCUGGUUGGGUCGGUGGCAGCUAAUACCAAGGAGACAUCGAUGACGUUCGGGAUGGAUGAAGUGGUAUGGAUGGACAAGCAUUGGCCGGCACUAGAGAGGGCUGGGUUCCUUAUGGUACCGUCUAUAGGCCCGAACCCGCUCAACUGGUUCCUGGAGCAGCGACAAAAGAGGGGACGGGAAUUGGAACUUUGCAGACUGCUGUCCUGGGAGAUGAUCGACGACGACGAUGAUGAUGAUGGCGAUGGCGAUGGCGAUGGCGGUGACGGUGACGGUGACGGUGACGGUGACGGGCUGCAAGUGGAUCUGAUCUUUACGAUUGCGAUUCCGGACGAGCCUCUCCACCGAUCCAAAGCAAUGGGCGUCGUACCCUACUACAGCCGCCCAUCUCCAACGACUCUCUCAGCUACGUUGACUGCACAGCUUCGGUCCCUGGAGGCCCUUUACCGACAGCUAGGCUCACUCACAGAAUUGAAGCGCUUGAAUCUGGAGGCCAUCUACUUCGACCUGGCUUGGCGACCGCUCCACGGACACAAUGUUCCGAUGGAACUUGUUUCCGGGGAUAGUGAACCUCAAGAACAAAGAGACGGGGCGGACAGGGUACCUGCAUCUACUGAGAGGGCUGACAAAGUUAAACGCGCUAUUCGGGUCGGUCUCGGCGACGACUAA